GGUCAGCUUGAUGCGAAGACCAGAAAAACACUUGGCCUUGACUGGUACCCCAACACUCCUUUUAGAUACUGUCCCUUCUUUGGUGACCCCAAAGAAGAAAGAAGAGGCAUGUCCCCAAAUAGUCAUAACAAGGCUCGACCGUUGCAAAAUUCAAAUAACCGUCCGAAGCCCCGCCCCCUUCUCGCGCCUCAAGUCAAGAGUGAGCCGGGAGGGGCUCUUUUAUGCUCCCGCGAGACUUUCGUCCGCCGCGAGAAACAGACGUAACUUGCUCGCCCUUUCCGGGUCGUUCUGCGCAUGCGCAAGUGGGGUCGCUGCGGGUGACGGUGCAAAGAUGAAUACCAGAGGACUUGGAUCCCAGCUGAAGGAUAGUAUUGCAGUUCCUGAUUUUUCAGCGAGUGGAGCAUUUGAAAGCCAUGGUGUGAUACACAGAGGCUUUGCAAAUGUGAAGAAUGAACUGUUUCCUGUUCAUCCUUUGGAACUAUCAGAGAAAAAUUUUUCAUUAAGUCAAGAUAAAAUGAAUUUUUCUACCCUGAGAAAUAUUCAAGGACUGCAUGCACCACUCAAGUUGCAAAUGGAAUUCAAAGCUGUGAAACAGGUCCAGCGUCUCCCUUUCCUUCAUAGCUCUAACCUGUCACUGGAUAUUUUGAAAGGCAACUAUGACUGCAUUGGUUUUGAGGAUAUUCUGAAUGACCCAGAACAAAGUGAAGUAAUGGGAGAUCCUCAUUUGACGGUUGAACACAGGCUUGGUUUAUUAUAAAUGUACACAGUCCAGCAUUCUGUUCACAAGUAUAUUCUGUUGCCAUAACAUUCCCUAUUCCCCUUCAGAUUAAAGUAAACCAUAUGAAAUGGUAGACAUGCUUACCUGCCUUCAUGAAAAUGGCACAUUAAAUGCUUGAAGUAUAUGACAUUUGUUCUGUGUUUACUGUCAAUAUAAGUGUCUUGUAAUUGGAUGUUUAAAAAUAUAUCAGGAGAUGCAUUUCUAUAUUCAGGGCUAUAGCUGUUUUAUGUUUGCAUCUGUAGAAGUCUGCACAUUAAAAUGUCAAUAGCAACAAGAUUUUUUUUUUAAAAAAAUGGUUUUAAGAUAUUAGGUUGAAUCUUUUUAAACCUUUUGCAAUUGAUAUGCCAGGUAUUUGCUGUUGAAUUUUCCUCUCUUCUGCAUGACACCACAUGACAUCUUUUAAAAAAAAACAAAUAAAAUUUUCUGUAAAUGA